AUGGCGCGGCCGGUGGCUCCUUCCUCUGUUCCUCAGCCAGUCAGCCGGGUGCCGGGCGCCCGCCUGCUGUGGGCUAACCGGCUGACGUUGACCGUAUACAAGAUGAAGAGGACCAGGACUUUAGUUUCAUAUUUCUCUCGAGUUCCUGAGCAACAGGGUGCUACCGAACAACAACCGCAAUCUCAAGGUACAGAACAGGAGACAAUUAGGACUAGAGCUAGUGCUGCACAAGCACAGAACCAACCUGAGGAAGUAAGAACAGCUACAACUAGUUUGCCUGCAGUAGAACAAACUAGAAAUGAAAAUAUUGAUUUUGUGGAGGAGGAGGGCGGUUCCAAUCAUGUCCUUAAUCCUCAAGAUAUUAUUGCAGAUCCAGGUUAUCGAAAACCAAUUGAGGAAAUGCAUCCAAACAUUAGGGAUGAUGCAAAAAGGAGUAUGUCUUGUUAG